AUGCCCCAAGCACGAGUUCAGUUCAACACAGCAAGCCCAGACUGGUGGCUGCCGCGAAUUAUGACGUCAAGCGCGCUUUGGGAAAUCUACUCUCUUCUCAACUUCGCUCCCAGAAUUUCGGAUGCAACACCCACUCGUCCACCCAAACCCGCACCUCGAUUUUUCAGAGGCCUCACCAACCCUCGACCAAUAAACUCCGUUUACACGCCCUGGAUGUCUUCGUCAAACUGUGGUCGCGUUCCCGCCUGCUCAGGCAGUGCACCAUCCAACGCCCCCACGAACACCGCCUCUGCCAAUCGAGCCGACGACGAAACUGUUUCACCUGCACCAUAUUCGUCGUCGCAUACCGGCUCAGCAGAUCAAGACGAGUCUGCUGACGCGGUCCUUUCUCGCCAACUUGCCCAGCUCGAUUUGCAGAGCUCCACCAACCACACCGCCGAGGUCUCAGGGGUGCAGAGAUGGAAGGACUUCGUGGCCGCAGCUUCGAACGAGUGCUCAGAAAGUGAGGCCUCUGCUGCUGAGCCUCACACAUCUGGCGCACCGAUUGCACCUCAUCGGCGGCGCCAACACGCCGAUGAAGAACCCUCGACUCCAGCUUCUUGUUACCACUCCGACCCUAUGCGCUCCACCUCGACUCCACAGAGCGCAACUUCAGCGUCAGUGCCACAAACCGCUACAGGUGCAACAUCCCCAUCUCUUCAGGUCGAGCCAUACGCCGCCAUGUACGUCGGACCAGGUCGAUACGAGUUCACAUACAUCUACGACCCAACUGCCUGCCUCUCCACACCUUCGCCCUCGGUCCCCGCACCAGACCUCAACGAGCACGGCACUGUCGCGGCCGCAACCGGUCUGGUCGCCCCUAUUCGCACCGAGACCGUCUUUCUGAAGGACUUCCCUCGGGAAAUCGUCAAGGAGAAGAGGACAGGAAGGACCGACGCCGCGCAAAAGCUGGACCAACUCAUCGAAAACGAGUGCGCGGCUUGCUGGCUCGAGUACUCGGCGCCGGUGUCGACACGCUGUGGCCACAUCUUCUGCUUGAUCAAUAUCGUACCCUGGGUGGAGGCAAAGGGCUGGUGUCCAAAGUGCCGGAGGGCGCUGUGGAAGAGGGACCUGACAAACCUCGUGGUGGAUAGGCGCGGGGUGUGA